AUGGCGAACGCGCGACUGAAACAGGCGCGGCGCCGCACCACGUCCCAGAGCUCGAACGCCUCGUCACCAGUCGCUGCUUCAACGGCGCACACGCAGCCACUCGAAGUAGCGGACGAAACCGCGUCUGUCGCUCCCCAGGAGUCCAUGUCCGACGCUCAGAGCGAGCGCGCAGCGCUCGAAGUUGCCCUUCAAGUGCGGAAACGUACUUUAGCGGAUCAACUGCAAGCCCUAACCCUGGGUAAACCCCUUGCUAGAAUCCCGCUACCGGGCUGCGACGCGGCGGGGCGACGCGUCGAGCGCUUCCAUCGCGACUUCUUGCUCCAGGAGAUGGAGUGGAUGGCCGCCGACUUUAGUCAAGAGCGCAAGUGGCGCAUGCGCAACGCCAAGGCGCUGAGUCAGGCGCUGGUGUCGUACUUAAGUCGACAAGAAGCGCGGCUCGUGCGGCAGCAGAAGCGCGACGACGUGGCGCGACGACGAGCGGCGGCGCGCGUGGGGCGCGAAGUGAAGAAGUUCUGGAGCAAAAUCGACAAGAUCAUUGCGUUCAAAGUGAAGCUUGGGGCUGAGGAGCUGAAGCAGCAGCAGAUGCAGACGCAGCUCAAGCAGCUGGUGGAGCAGACGGAGAAGUACGCGAACGCGUUGGCGGCCAGCUUCCAGGAGGGACGAGAGGAGGAAGAGGAGCGGAAAGUUGGAGAUAGAGAUGGAGAAAUAGGUGGAGGGAGUGGGGAAGAGAUUGGGAAAGAAGAGAGUCAGGAUGGGGCUGUCGGAGACGCUGACUUUGUGUUGACGAGACGGGACGAGGAGAACGAGGCAGAAGAUGAAAGUACGAUUGACGAGGAGGAGAAAUUGGCGCGGGAGAGCGGUGUGUCUGGCAGUGCUGAUGAGUUGCGCCUGUUGAAGGAGGAGAGCGAAAUGUCGAUUGAACAACUUCGAGCUCGAUACAUGAAUGCGUCGGAUGGUGCACAGUCGAGUGGUGGUGAUGAUGAUGAUGAUGUUCUUGAGAGUGAUGGAUCUGAGGACCGACAGGAUGCUGGAGAGACCAAUCGACAGGAGGAGAGGAGUCUUGAAGAAAGUCACGUAGACGUGGCUGAUGCUGUCACGUUAGAUAGAGUUGUACCAGAAGCGCCAUCGGCAGCAAGAAAGAGCGGGUACAAGCGGCCGUAUCUGCUGACGUCCCGGUUGAAUUUACGAGAGUACCAAGAAGCUGGUGUGAAUUGGCUCGUCAGCAUGUGUCAGCGACGUAUAAACGGCAUUCUUGCAGAUGAAAUGGGUCUUGGCAAAACUAUUCAGACAAUUUCACUUUUAGCACACCUUGCUUGGGCUCAGGGGCUCUGGGGGCCUCACCUGAUUGUAGUACCCACGAGCUGUCUUGUGAACUGGGAGAUGGAGUUCAAACGUUGGUGUCCGGCUUUCAAGGUGUUGACGUAUUUUGGGUCAGCGAAACGUCGCAAAGAGCUCCGACAAGGAUGGUCGAAGCAGAAUGCGUUUCAGGUGUGCAUUACUAGCUACCAGCUUGUGGUACAAGAUGCGCACUGCUUCAAGCGAAAGAAGUGGUAUUACCUAAUCCUUGACGAAGCACACAAUAUUAAGAACUGGAAAAGUCUACGAUGGCAGACGUUGCUGACUUUUAGCUCGCAGCGUCGUCUGUUGCUAACGGGAACGCCGCUGCAGAAUAAUUUACUGGAGCUCUGGGCUCUCAUGCAUUUUCUUAUGCCACAUGUGUUUGCGUCUCGCAAAGAGUUUACUUACUGGUUUCAAAACCCAUUAGCGUUAAUGGUGGAGAACAGUAGUGAUGCAGCCCAGUCGGAGAAUAAUGGUGUCAAGGGUGGGAAGGACUUAGUAACACAGCUGCACGGUAUUAUUCGGCCAUUUGUUUUGCGUCGACUAAAGAAAGAUGUGGAGAAACAAUUGCCGGGCAAAUUUGAGCACGUGAUUACGUGCCAGCUGUCCAAGCGACAGCGAUACUUGUACGAAGAUUUCAUUUCGCGGGGCAGUACUCGCCGCGCAAUGUUUGGCCGCAGAAAAGGUCGGGGUGCUAAUUUUAUGAGCAUGAUGAAUGUCCUCAUGCAGCUGCGUAAGGUGUGCAAUCACCCGGACUUGUUCGAGCCGCGUCCGAUUGCAUCUCCGUUGGAUAUGCCGAGUAUCCAUGUGAACGUGCCCUCACGUUGCGGUUACUUGGUUGCUGAAACCGUAAACGAGCGUCCGCGCGUGGCACAUUGGACCGGGAGUAAUUUACCUGGUCUGGAGUUGUUGCGGAGCGAAAAGUUUACUUCUAAGCUACGAAGGGAACUUUUCUUCUAUGACGUAAGUGCACCACUUCCAGAUCAAACUGUCGGGGCUGUACCGCCAGCAUAUGUUGGAAACAACGAUAUUGUCCAACGAAUUAUUCGGCUAGCAGCCAAGCGUCGGAAGUAUUGGGAGAGUAAGCGUGCAGGUGUUGCACAGUUUCAGAAGAUCCGCUUUGGGCUGUAUCUGGAUGAACCUGUGUUUGGAAGCGAUCUCAUUCGAGUUUGCACAAUGCCAACUUUCAUCUCAUCAGCGAUGGAGGUCCAUAUACAUCGUGCUCGGCCUCGUCUCGGCUACCGGCAACCAACACUGGCUCUGCAAGCUAUGGUCCGUAGCCCCGAGGAGAGACUGUUGUCACUGCAGUCCACAGUUAAUAAAUCAGUUUGCUAUGUGCCGAAGGCUCGUGCGAGGCCCGCUCGUGUCACGUAUGGGGGUGGUGGGUUUGCUUACGACAAUAACUUUGUAUUGUCACGCAAAUCCCAUGCUGAUGAGCUUGAGGCGAGCGACGUCCGGGACGUGGCACAUCGUAUACUGGCACCGUAUCAUGACUCGUUCAAGCGCACGCAGUUGUUCUUUCCCGAUAAGGCGCUGGUUCAAUUCGACUGCGGUAAACUUCAGCAGCUCGCAGUGCUUUUGCGUACAUUGAAACAUGGUGGCCACAGAUGCCUUAUUUUCACACAAAUGAGCUCGAUGCUGAACAUUCUGGAAGUAUUUUUAAAUUUACACGGCCACACGUACUUUCGUUUGGAUGGUGCGACAAAGGUGGAGAAAAGGCAGAUGCUCAUGGAGCGGUUCAAUCGUAACGAGAAAAUCUUCUGCUUUAUAUUGAGCACGCGAAGUGGUGGCUUAGGAAUAAACCUUACAGGUGCAGACGCUGUGAUCUUUUACGACUCAGACUGGAAUCCUGCUAUGGAUGCACAGGCUCAAGACCGUGCUCACCGCAUCGGUCAGACGCGUGAUGUGCAUAUUUAUCGCCUUGUGAGUGAGCACACGGUAGAAGAAAACAUUCUUCGUAAAGCACAGCAAAAACGACAUUUAGACUUUCUGGUGAUGUCAGAGGGGCAGUUCACCACCGACUUUUUCUCGAAGGCCAGCUUACGGGAGCUCAUGGUCGGUAGUUCAGGUGAAGAACGUGAGGAUGUUGAUGCCAAGUCUGAAGUUGACGACGGGAGUUCAGACGAGGAUAUAGGUGAUGAGAAUGAGGUGUCUCUUGAUAUUGUAGAAAACACUAUGGCACAACUAGAAGACGAGGAAGACGUUGUAGCAAUGAAAGGUGCGCGGGCAGAGUAUUUGCAAGAACAGCGUGAAUUCGACGAAGAUGCGGAAAGCAACGUUGCAUCUCCCCGUACGAAGGGGCCGAUAAGUCAUGGCGAGGGAAUUUCGUCAUCGAGGCCUUCUACUCCAUCGUCGGUAUCGGUGAGCACUGCAGCGAGUGAAAAAGGUGACAGCGAAGACGGUGAGUUCGAAGACGAGAAUAGAGCUGACGAGGACACAACGGAAGAAGAUUACGACCGGCCGUCGAAAAGAACAGACACGUGCGAUGUCGAUGGGUUGGAUCAGGGUGAGAGUUGCGAAGAGAAUGGUCAGGCAAGUCGGAAACGGCAGCGUGACAGUUCAAGUGGUCACAAAACAACGACGACGAAGCGUCUAAAGUUUAUCGAAUCUAACGAUCAAAAUGAAAAGCAUGGUGAAAAGGUGCGUGAGAGGGCGCGCGAUGCGGCCGAGGAGCGGAAGUUACAGGCUUGGAAGGCGUCUGUGCAAUCGCUACACGGAUUCGAGGACUCGUUGAAUUCAGUCGAUCGCUACGCGCUACACUUUCGGGAAGAUGUGGAUCCUUUGUAUGCAUGUACUCCAUCCCAGCAAGCUGCAGCGCUUGCUGGAAUCGAUGUCAACCCUUCUGCAACUACGCUAUUGGAAGACAUAGAGCGAACCGAGGCGGAAAAACGAGAAGAAGAGGCACGACUCAUCGCAGAAGGUGAGCUGAUCGUUGGUCAUAUGGACUGUAGUGAUGACACUGGAUCGGAGCAGAUGGCAGAAUAUUACACGGAACUUUACCGACGUGAGCGCGCGCACGUGCUCUUUGAACAGCGUAAACGUCUUCUGACAGGAGCAGCGUGGACGCUCAUGAAGUGCGCAAAGACUGGCAAGCCGUUUUACUUCAACACUGAUACGCGUGAAGCUAUGUGGGAAUGCCCUGCUGUUCGGGUCGCCAACGAGCAGUUCAAGAGUGCGCGGGGGAGGGGAUACGAAGGUCUGCCGCCACCGGCAUUGCUUCGUGUGCUAUCGAUGCUGGACCCGUUCCCUGAGCGCUACCGCGUUCAGAUGGUUUGCCGCACCUGGCACGUCGCGGCGCAGCACCAGUCAUUGUUUGUUAAGGUUUCUGCGAGCGACUACGGCCCAGGAUCGUCGGCAUCUUUGGCCAAAGUAUUAGCGAACGUAGCUUCUGGUGAAACUGUGCUUUUCAGUCCGGGGGUAUAUCAGCUUGAUGAACCGGUGGAAAUAUCGAAAUGUUUGAAGCUACUGGCGGCCUCGGAUGCGCACGUUGAACUGCAAAUGCACUCUCGUCGUGCGCAGCUGCGUUGGAGCGCUCGUGGUGGAGUUAUUUGUGGUUUUCACUUCACGCGGGCUAGCAGUACUUGUGAUGUAGCCGCACCUGACGAAAAACCAAGUUCGAAUUUCACGGAAUCGGUGGCCACAGUCAAAGAAAGCAGGCGUGCGGUACGAAAACGUGAUAAGAAGCUGUGCAACUGGCAGAAUCUAUUGCGAGUUGCGGGGGACGGACAGUUGCGCGUAGAGUACUGCGAAUUCGAUGGAAAGGGUUUGGGUAACGCUUGCAUAUGUGUGUGGGGUUGUGGCGAAACAAAAAGGAAACGAUUAAAACGGAAGAGGGCCCGGUACACGGAUGCCGGGGCGAUUUCGACCUCGCAAUCAAACACAACCGGAGCUUUUAGUGCGAUGUCUCCGGCUUCGGCCACUCACAGAAUGGUUGCACCUACAACGUUUGUGUCCUUGCCAGCAGCUCCUACUGUUGUGGCUUCUACGUCACUCAAAUCGCUGGUCGCUUCGUCAUCGGCAAGCAACGCGCUGCAGACUGCUGUAUCAACGACUAUUGCCCCAGCGAUUGGUAAGCCGCGUGUUGCCACUCCGAUCACAACAGUCCCGGGCGUUGCCGCAACGAACACUCCGAUUACGACAUCGCAGAUCACCACUCAGGCGACUGUUGCAGCAAUUGCCAGACCCAGUGUUUCCAUGCCAGUGGUGGCUGCAACACCGCCGGCACCAAUUACGUCGGUGGCUUCUGCCUCAGUGGCUCCGAAACCACGAGGUGACACACCUUGUUCCUCUGUGACAAUUACUCCACAAAAUGUAAUGACUCCACCUUGUCCAGUAGCCGAUACAUCGUUGGUACUACACAACUGUCGUGUACGUGGUGCUGGGAGUUCUGGUGUGCUCCUCGUGCGUGGGUCACUGGUCAUGUCGCUAAACACCGUCGAAGAUAAUGCACACUCGGGUGUCACUGUUCUGGGUGGACAGGCAUUGCUACGGCUAAAUAAGAUUCAGCGAAAUGCUCGGUUUGGCUUGAGAUUGCUGUAUCACGCCGGAAGUGUGAUUAUUGAGGACAAUGUGGUGUUUGACAAUGCCUGCGGGAACCUCGAUGUGGACAAUUCCGGUCGGCGUUUUGUUGUUCGCAUGAAUGAAAUGGAUAAGGGUAAAAAGUCCUCAGAAAGGAUGCCGCAUUCGCAUGGGAAGCUGCGUCUAAAGACUUAUUCUGUGGUAGAAAAGGAAGUACCACAUACUACGACCCCAGUUGCGAAGCCUGCUACCAGCACCGCCGCUGAAUACUGGAAGAAGCAACUGGCCGCUAGCGCCGCAGCUUCGUCAGCGACACCCAUGUCAAGUUUGACCGCAACCAAGGCAGACCCUGUCGUUACUGCUAACGGUGCGAUGACUGCCGGGAUCCCGAUGAGUUUUAUGCGACCUGUAGUAUUUCCUCAAGGGUCUAACCAUUUGCGAGUCGCACACCUUCCGAUAGGGUUUGCAUCGCUGGGUACGGCGAUACCAUCUAUGACACUGAAUCGAUCUACGACGACGACCGCAGCAAGUGUACAGCGCCUUGCAAGUGCUGAUGGAACUUCUGGUAUUACAAGCAAUGUCCCAGCAAGACCUGAACUUCUGUUCGGAGCCGCAAGCGCACCCACUGCUUUGAUACGUGCUACUUCCUGUAUUGAGCCUUCGGAGCAACAUUGUCGACCUAGAACAAAGCAAGUCGUCGUGGGUGGCCGCGAAAUUAUUUUGCGAGAUACGUGCGAGAAGCCUACCGAGAAGGUUGUGAAGCCACGACGCUCUAAGGACCCCCAGGCGGAAGUAUUAGGGUCUGCCAAUGUGCAACAGAUGACUUCACCGUCCGCACUUCAGGCUAAUUUCACCCCUGGUUCGACUGCUGCAGCAGUUGCAGCAGCAAUGGGGUCACUGAUGGCUAACUCAGCCAAGCUACAAGCGGCUGCCUCGCGAUUGCAGCUGGGAAUGGGAUCAUCAGGGAAUAAUAUGUCAGCGAAGCCUCCGAUGAUCGCACCAUCGGCUAUUGGUAUGAAAGCUGUACCACCAAAGCCGACGGUAGCAUGUACGGCACGGACAGCGCAGGCACAUGGUGCUGUACCGGCGACUGUAAAUUCUGUAGCACCGAAGUCGUUUACGCCGAACGUAUCAUUGGCGCAGACCAGUGCUACUCCGUCAAUCGCGACAAAGUCAGUGGUGGCGAUGUCAUCGAACGCCGGCGCGAUGCCUGCAACGCCGAAGCCAGCAGUUGCUAUGGUGCCAAUGGCAAAGACAGCAGUGGUUGCACCGUCGACGGCAUGUUCAAAACAAUCGACACAGUUGAAAUGUGGGGAGAAACGAACGAUCGACGUUGCCGGAAUAGAAGCAAAAGUGGUGGAUAUAAAGAAGGGAAGGACACUCGGUGGUGGCAUUGGUCAGCCGGAAAACAAGUUUAGUAAAACUGAAGAAAGCGGGAGCGGCCUGAAACCAUGA